GCUGCCACUAGGCAGGUUCCUCCUCUUCAAGAUGUCAUUCUCCGCCAAAGUAGUUCAACAUAGCAUCAACCAACUGCUCAUCAAUACUAUUAACGAUGCCGAAAGGAUACUACUCGAUUUGCCACAAGAUGGGGAUCGUGUCGAGGUUAUAACGUCAUCUUCCCAUGACUACUCAGAAACACAACCUGCGAAAUCAAAGCCAUACAAGACCACUUAUGACGUAGUUGAAGACAAGGUUUUACAAACACCGAGCCAGAAAUCAAGGAGAAAAGAUGACCAAAUAAGCGAAGACAAAGGUAGAACUACCUCGAGAUCCACUGGUUCAACGCUGUCUUUCACAACAUCGUCCCAACCCAGUUUACGGCCGUAUACGAAAGCGAACAAAGCAAGCAGCCCAUCAAAAUUUCGCAGAAUGUCAACUCCGAAUAAAGCUGAAGUUGUGCCUGGAUCUAUACAAGUCUCACCACUUCGACAAAUGGAAGGUGUCGCUAUUGACCUCGUAGUCUUGAUAAAAAUGCAAUCCGGUGGAUCAAGAACGGUCAACAUGCAAAUUGAAUGCCCACGUUUUGUGCCAAAACGAAUAAUGAUUGACGGAAAAUGGCAUGAUAUCGUUUAAAAACGAAAAUUCUCACAAAAAUACAUCAUCUCUUCAUAGGUCGUGACAAAAAAAUCACGCAACACUGCUUUGAUACUUGAAAAUAAAGUUUGAUUCAACA